GAAUGAGCACUGCCCAAGCAACGGUUCCAGUCCACGGACUUUGAAGACCCAACCGCGUUUUACCGCUAAUCUUUACCAACGGCAAUUGGUUGUCCUCUAAAAGAAUAAAUGUGCAGCGGGUGAUCGAUGGAGAAGCGCUGACAUCUUUUGUAUGUCGCAUAAUUAAAAAAAAAAUACAUGCCAUCUGGCUGGGGAUUCCCCCUAAGGCACGACCGCCUUAGGCCGAAAACGAGGCUCUGUGGAUUUCCCAACAACAUGACACCAGCGAUUCUCAGCUUUAAUGCCUUCCAUCUAUCGGAGGGGUGGAAUGGAUUGUGAUUAGGCACCACUGUUGAGCCGACGACGUUGUAUGGUUUGGAUUAUUCAAAGAGAAAGUCUUCUUAAUUCACAGCUGUAUCUCAACAAGAUCAAUCAAGAUCAAUUUCGCAAGAUCACAGAAUAUGGAUGAAGUCAAACCUGUAGAUUUAUCAUUGGUUGCCAUGGCCACGGACAGUGUGCAGGCUCAAGAAAGACUACAUCUGUCACUACGGCGACACGCUCAACAAGACGAUCACAUCAAGAAAUUACGGGAUGAGAGUGGAGAAGCCCUGGACAAACUGCGGGACAUCAAGUCCAGACUGGAAGGCUCUCACCUGGACUUUGAACCAACAACAGUGAAUCACCAUGACAACCUGCACCUAGAGUUGAAACAACUCACUCUGAUGCACGUCCCAGCAUCAUUGACAACAGCAGUGCGGGAAAAGUUCACAAGUCUUAUAGAGAAGCUGUUUAAAGAUCAGUGUAAGCGCCUGUUGUGUGGUGUGCUGCUUACAUGUCCAUGGUAUGGGGCCUCCCAGCGAGAGCGAGGGGAACAGGCACGACACAAUGUCCUCUUCAUCGUGUAUGUCUCCCAUGACGACAAGUUCCUGUCUCCAGCCAACACACAUCUGAGAGACCAGAGUGAUGUCAUUGAUAUGGGUUGGCUGUACGCUAUAGAACUUUACCAUCUGGUACACUGUCUGGCGAAAGGGAAGUCAAGAUUUGCUGAGGCACUGUUCUGCCACCAGGGGGCAGUGUUGUUUGAAGACGAGGACUGGAAGUCACUGAGAGAGAUGCUGGAUCAUAAACAGCUUAUGGGUCUCCGUGGAUUUGUGGAACAGUGCCGUGGACAGGCUAUAGGGGGCAUCGCCAAAAAACGCAAGACAGGCAAAAUGGGUCUGAGGGGAACCGUCACAAUAGAGGAUUUCUCGGAGUCAUUCCGUUUACUGAACAACCUGCACAACCUGCUGAAAGGUCAAAGGCCAUGCUCCUGUGACCUUGAACUUAAUCAAGAGAAUCUACCUCCUCAAGGUCAUCAAGCUGUAGACAAACUCCGCUCUUUGUACAAGAAUCCUGAUGUUUCUAAACAAGAGAUUUUUGACCUGGUGAUUUCAUGGAGGGAUCAGCUCAGCCUUGACCUCAAGGGAUUCAACUUCACACCUCAGCAGCAUGUGGAGGGAAUUCUGGGUAAAUGGAUGGCCAAGGUCAGGGUCAAAGGCCAGGCAUUGACACCAUUUCCAGGUGUCUCUGAGGAGGAGCAGCGCUCCCUUGUGAGCAUGAUGGAAAGUAUCGGUGACCAUAUCAGUAAGUUGGACCCAAGUCAGAUUCUGAUGAUUGCGCGUGCUGGCAGCCACCUGUAUGGGUUGUCUACCCCUGACAGUGACGUGGACUAUGUGGUGAUUUAUCGUGCACACACACAGACGAUUUUGUCAUCUUGUAAACGGCUGACAGAAAUACACGAAAGUCGAGGCCCAGAGAAAGCUUUUGAGUACGGAGUUUAUGAGGCUCGGAUGUUCUGCGAAAUGUUACUCAAAUGUAGUGUGGUUAUACUGGAGCUGCUCUUUGUGGACAGCGUUGAUUAUGUCAGUGAAGAAUGGAAGGUUUUGUCAGCAAAACGUCAUCAGUUCGUGACAGAGAAAGCCAUACAGCAGUAUCUGGGUUUGAUCAAAAACAACUUCAACAUGAUCAGAGCCGAGAAGUUCGCAGGAACUUCUAGAGACAGGAAGCUGUUCUAUCAGAUAUUCCACAAGCUGGGUGGCGUUGAGCAGAUGUUAGAGGGUAAAACUCCAUCUGUUCGAUGUCAAGAGGAUAGAGACUUCAUCAUGCGGGUUCGCAAAGACGAGUUACAGGGAGAAAUGUCCAGAGAAAAUCUUCUCCAACUCGCCACUGACAAGUAUGAAAAGCUGAGAGACAAACUGGCCAAUCGGAAAACACGGCUUCCCGAGUGCCCGGAUUACAAACUUGUCACUGAUUGGCUAACGUCCAUCCGAGGAUGGUGAUGAUUGGAAGAGAGUUGGAGAAUCAAAAGGACCGCCGAUCAGCUGUGGAAUGAGAGGUGAUAGAGUAUAAAAGACUUACAGCAUAGAGAGAAAAACCAGAGCAGUGGCGACAGUGUGAUAGCUAAUAAAUGGCCACACAUAGGGACCAAGACAGAUUUUAUUCGCGCUCUGCCGCCAUUUAAUUGUGCGAUUGAAGUGGGAUUAGCUUUUUCUCAUAAUAAACGUGACUGGCUGUCAGAAGACGAUCAUUG